UCCAAAGUUACAUAAAACUUCACACGCAAAAAUAUGUUAAUACCUAUGUUUCGUGUGAUGUAAUAGAUGCAAUUCUUGCAUAAAUAUUUAAUAUUUAAUCAUUGUUACGCUAUAACUGUGCAAACACGAGGAUUAUCGAUAAUCAAAAAACAUAUCCGAUUGCCAGGAAUUGAUUCAUACGGUCCGAGCAUUUAAAAAAUGCACGUUUCUGGGUGGAAGGCGGCGCCACUGGGUUGCGCCUUGUGCCAUAGCAACUCAUCUCGGUGUCGUCGUGAAAGCUUUCAACACACUAUGAGCCAGUGAAGUGUAUCUAUCGGACAGUGGCGUGAAAAUGGCGGAGUAAAAUGGCAGGACGUAGAUCGACGUUGACAAAUGCCGAUUCCCUGUCGGGAUCGGGAAACACGGAUCCGCUGAGGGAGCUGUUCGAGGCGUGCAAAACUGGAGAUCUAGCGAGGGUAAAGGCGUUGGUUACACCGAAGACGGUCAAUGCUCGAGACACUGCCGGACGCAAGUCCACCCCCCUGCAUUUUGCAGCUGGUUAUGGUAGAAGGGAUGUAGUAGAAUUUCUGCUUUCUGCUGGAGCAUCUAUACAAGCACGGGACGACGGAGGAUUACAUCCUCUGCAUAAUGCUUGCUCAUUUGGACAUUCUGAUGUCGUGAGACUACUAUUGGAAGCAGGGGCUAAUCCAAAUACCAGAGACAACUGGAAUUACACUCCUUUGCAUGAAGCUGCGAUUAAGGGUAAGAUAGAUGUGUGCAUCGCUUUACUACAACAUGGAGCGGAUGCAAACAUCAGAAAUACAGAGGAAAAGACAGCACUAGAAUUAGCAGACUCUGCAACUAAACCAGUAUUAACUGGAGAGUAUAAGAAGGAUGAGUUGCUAGAAGCGGCGAGAUCUGGAAACGAGGAGCGGCUUUUGCAACUUCUAAAUCCUUUAAAUGUAAAUUGCCACGCGAGCGACGGCAGGAGGUCCACGCCAUUGCACUUAGCUGCUGGAUAUAACAGAUCUAGAGUAGUACAAAUUUUACUACAAAAUGGUGCAGACGUGCACGCAAAAGAUAAAGGAGGUUUAGUUCCACUCCAUAACGCUUGUUCGUACGGCCAUUUCGAGGUAACGGAAGCACUUCUGAAACAUGGUGCAGCAGUUAAUGCUAGCGAUUUGUGGGCAUUCACUCCGCUGCACGAAGCUGCUAGUAAAUCCAGAGCCGAGGUGUGCUCGUUACUUUUAAGCGAGGGUGCAGAUCCGACUCAAUUAAACUGCCACAGUAAGAGCGCCAUUGACGUGGCCCCAACAUUGGAAUUGCAAGAAAGAUUAGCAUACGAGUACAAGGGCCACUGCCUCUUGGAUGCCUGCAGGCAGGCAGAUCUUACUAAGUUAAAAAAGUACCUGUCCCAAGAAGUCGUAAAUUUUAAACACCCAUAUACUGGGGACACACCACUCCACUGCGCCGUUGCAUCUCCUUAUCCCAAGAGAAAACAAGUAAUAGAAUCAUUGAUUAGGAAAAAUGCUGCCUUAAACGAGAAAAAUAAAGACUUUCUUACACCACUUCACGUGGCCACUGAUCAUUCUCAUUACGAUGCAAUGGAUGUGCUGCUUAGACAUAAUGCGAAAAUCAAUGCUUUAGAUGGAUUAGGGCAAACUGCACUACACAGGUGCGUUAGAGAAGACAAUGUGCAAGCUUGCAGAAUAUUGUUAUCGUACAAUGUUGAUCCAUCUAUAGUAUCACUUCAGGGCUAUACCGCGGCACAAGUAGCUGCAGAAAAUGUCCUUAAAAUACUACAAGAUCCGCCAAGCGGGACAGACGACGCGGAAGCGCAGCUGUUAGAGGCAAGUAAAUCUGGCGAUCUAGCAGCGGUGGAAAGAAUUUUACAAACGAAUCCACACGCUGUCAAUUGUCGCGACUUGGAUGGUCGGCAUUCCACACCGCUGCACUUCGCAGCGGGAUUUAAUAGAGUGCCUGUAGUUGAAUAUUUAUUGGCACAUGGAGCAGACGUACACGCCAAAGAUAAAGGUGGACUGGUUCCCUUACACAAUGCCUGCUCUUACGGUCAUUACGAGGUAACGGAAUUAUUAGUGAAACAUGGUGCGUCGGUAAAUGUUGCGGAUUUGUGGAAAUUCACUCCCCUUCACGAGGCCGCUGCUAAAGGAAAAUACGAAAUAGUGCGCUUGUUGCUAAGACACGGUGCAGAUGCUACUAAAAAAAAUAGAGAUGGAGCAACACCGUUAGAUCUAGUGAGAGACGGUGAUCAAGAUGUAGCGGACUUGUUGCGAGGGAACAGUGCUCUUUUGGAUGCAGCGAAGAAGGGUAAUUUAGCCAGGGUACAGCGACUCGUUACUCAAGACAAUAUCAAUUGCAGAGAUGCGCAAGGUCGUAACAGUACUCCGUUACACUUGGCUGCGGGGUACAAUAAUUUGGAGGUAGCGGAAUUUUUGCUUGAACGUGGAGCAGAUGUUAAUGCUCAGGAUAAAGGAGGAUUGAUACCCCUGCACAAUGCUUCGAGUUAUGGUCAUUUAGACAUCGCUGCGUUACUCAUUAAAUAUAAUACUGUAGUAAACGCGACUGACAAAUGGGGCUUUACACCACUUCACGAGGCUGCACAGAAAGGAAGAACGCAGCUGUGCGCCCUUUUGUUGGCGCACGGCGCGGAUCCUUUCUUGAAAAAUCAGGAAGGGCAAACUCCGGUGGAUUUAGCUAGCGCUGACGACGUGAGAUGCUUAUUGCAAGAUGCUAUGGCUUCGCAGCAAGUAGUACCAUCGGUACCAUCUGGUAACAGUGGCGUAGGAGUUGCCAUUAAUUUGAGUGGUAACGGUAAUAAUACUAUUAACAGUAGACCACCCAGUAUCGUGGCAGUUCCAGUGACACCUCCGCCGCCUCUCACUCAAGAAACCGUCAUUAUGCCCUCUGGAACAGCUAUGACAUUGUGCGUGCCACUCGCGAGACCGUCUUCUUGCUUGAGCCCGAUGCCUCCGUCUGAAACAUGCUCCGAAAGAGACUCCAAAGAUUCCUCGAAAGACAGUUCGAACAUCACGACCGUUGCCGGUUUUCUGCAGAGUCUCGGUUUAGAGCAACUCCUGUUGGAAUUAUUCGAACGCGAACAAAUCACAUUAGAUAUACUAGCGGAGAUGGGUCACGAAGACUUGAAGCAAGUCGGAGUGUCCGCAUACGGCUAUAGGCAUAAAUUAAUCAAAGGAAUGGAGAAACUUUUAAAUACCACUGCCGGUACUCCUUGGCAACCGACUAUCGCGCCUGGAACAUUGUUGGUGGAUUUAUUAGCCGAGGACAAAGAAUUUUUAGCUGUCGAAGAAGAAAUGCAGAGUACUAUUAGACAGCACAGAGAUAACGGUCAUUCUGGUGGCAUAUUUUCUCGAUAUAAUAUAGUUAGGAUUCAAAAAGUGCAAAACCGCAAACUGUGGGAACGUUACGCGCAUAGAAGGCAGGAAGUUGCAGAGGAAGUUGGCGCGGCAGCACCAUCCUCUCCGAGCACUGGCAAUAGAACCACUCCUGGCUCGACCUUGCCCCAAGCGAACGAGAGAAUGCUCUUUCACGGUAGUCCAUUCAUCAACGCUAUCGUUCAAAAGGGUUUCGAUGAAAGACACGCGUAUAUCGGGGGUAUGUUUGGCGCUGGUAUCUAUUUCGCGGAACACAGCAGCAAAAGUAAUCAGUACGUGUACGGUAUAUGCGGAGGUACAGGGUGCCCAGCUCAUAAAGACAGAAGCUGUUAUAUCUGCCACCGACACUUAUUGCUGUGCCGCGUUACGCUGGGCAAGUCAUUCUUGCAAUUUUCGGCAAUGAAAAUGGCUCAUGCACCACCAGGUCAUCAUAGCGUAAUGGGCAGGCCAUCGCAAGGUGGCCUAGUUUUCCCGGAAUAUGUUGUGUACAGGGGUGAGCAAGCAUAUCCUGAGUAUCUGAUUACGUACCAGAUUGCGAGGCCCCAGCAAGAAACCGGAGGAAGCGAAAGUGUUGAGGAACGGUGAUCGGAAGAGUCCAGCCCUGCGGCAAGAUUCCGAAGUCUCUGUUGCUGUCAGAGAUCUCGAACGUGUAACUCUCUGUCUUAAACCAUGGUCGAAACAAUUUGAUUUCAUUCGAA